AUAUUAUAUAGAUUUUACCUACAUUAUUUGAAAGUAGUUGUGCAUAUUCGAUUACAUUAUUUUCUAUUAAUAUUAACCUGCUGGUGUUCAAUUAUGUCCGUCACGCUGCAUACCGACGUUGGCGAUAUCAAACUGGAACUCUUCUGCGAGGAUUGUCCCAAGAGUUGCGAAAAUUUUCUGGCUCUUUGUGCCAGUGACUACUACAACGGGUCCAUAUUUCACCGCAACAUCAAAGGAUUCAUAGUGCAAACGGGCGACCCUAGCGGAACCGGAAAAGGUGGUCAAUCGAUUUGGGGUCGCAAGUACGAAGAUGAGUUCAAGGAAAAUUUGAAACACAAUGAACGGGGCAUGGUGUCGAUGGCCAACAACGGUCCCAAUACUAAUGCUAGCCAAUUUUUCAUCACCUAUGCAGCCCAGCCCGCAUUGGAUUUGAAGUAUACACUAUUUGGCCGAGUAAUUGACGGUUUAGAAGCCCUGGAUGAACUCGAGAAGCUGAUGGUCAAUCCCAAAACUUACCGACCAGUUGUGGAAAAGAAGAUAAACAGUGUUACUAUUCACGCCAAUCCACUGGCUAGGUAAUAAAGCAAAACAAAAUUAAA